AUGUCGUCAUCCCCGCAUUCACCGACAUUCAAGCGACUGCUGGUCGCCAACAGAGGCGAAAUAGCCGUGCGAAUUCUCCAUGCUGCACGAGAAUUGCCUAGCCCAGUGGAGACAUUCGCUCUCUACACCUCAAAUGAUCGGUCGCAUUGCGACUUGGGGUAUCCACAGCACGCUAUCCAGAUCCCCUCCGCAUCUUCCUAUCUAGACAUCUCUCUGCUUGUCGACCUAGCUCGCAAGCACUCCAUAGAUGCCGUGCACCCAGGCUAUGGCUUUCUCAGUGAGAGCGCCGAGUUCGCGGAUCGCAUGUGGACCGAGGCUGGCGCUGUCGUGAUAGGACCUGGCCCAGAGAAUCUCGCCCGCACGGGUGACAAGCUUCAGGCAAAGCAACUAGCGCGGCAAUGCGGUGUCCCUGUGCUGGAGGCUAUGAGUCGACCGACUGCUAAUCCAGAUGAAGCGCGGGAGUUUGCAAGACGUGUCGGAUUUCCCGUUAUGAUCAAAGCCGUGGAUGGAGGAGGUGGGAGAGGCAUUCGUCUUGUCCGCGAAGAAUCAGAGCUAGAUAAUAGUAUCCAGCGUGCUAUUGGUGAAUCGCCUUCGCGAACAGUCUUUGUCGAAAAGGCUGCCGUGGAUGGAUUUCACCAUGUUGAGAUUCAGGUCAUCGGUGAUGGCACUGGCCAGGUGCGCCAUCUCUGGGAGCGAGAUUGUAGCGUGCAACGACGAUUCCAAAAGGUGGUGGAGUAUGCUCCAGCUCUAAUGUCUGACCGUGGCUUGAUUGCUAGAGUGAUUGACUCGGCAUUGAAGAUGGCGAGUGAAAUUCGGUAUCGCUCGUUGGGGACAUUCGAGUUCCUGGUCAGUCAAAGCAAAGGGGAAUUCUACUUCUUGGAAGUCAACCCCCGGCUGCAGGUUGAGCACACUAUUACAGAGUCUAUCAGCGGGAUAGACUUGGUCCAGACACAGCUUCUUCUGGCACAAGGAUGGACCUUCCAGCAGUUGAGCCUGGGAUCUGAUGUGAAUGCCAGUGCUCCACCGCCGAAUUCCCACUCCAUUCAGCUGCGUCUCUGUGCAGAAGACCCCAGCAACAAUUUCGCUCUGAGUAUCGGCAAAGUGACCGAGUUUACCGUCCCUAGCGGCCACGGCAUUCGUGUCGAUACCAAUAUCAACGCCUCCGGGGCUUCUCCAUUGGUUGUCGGCUCGAACUUUGACAAUCUUCUCGCCAAGAUAAUCGUCACGGCAUCCACCUGGGAGGCCACCGUCCGCAAGGCCCAGCGAGUCCUGGCCGACUCGAGGAUCUCCGGCGUCAAAACAAAUCUCAACCUUCUGCGGGGCAUCGUAGCGCAUGCCCAUUUCAUGACGGGUCACACUGACACGCAAUGGCUUAGCCUCAAUCUCGACGAAGCCUACCAGUUGGGUGAAAGCAUUGCCAAGAAUCUGCAAAGCCAGCAUGUCUCCAGAGGUUCCUCUCCGCAGUCAAUGUCGCAGAGUGGACUGCCGGCAUCCAACUUGCUGUUCCGCAAAGGGGACGCGUGGUCCAUUACGCUACAGCCACUCGAGAACGGGAACCCACAAGCAUCGGCCAAGAUAGCGCAUCACCUGAAGCUAUCGCGGGUCCUGCGAAAUGAGUUCCCCACAUCUUUGGCUGCCGAGAUCGAGUACACGACUCCAACUUCCAAGACGGCUGUUCCGUAUCGUAUGCAACUGGAUACGACUACGACGGCGGCGUCGGCAUUGGUCUCCUCGUCACACCGGCGGGGCGACCCGAAUAACCCGCGUCAUAUCGUGCUCCCGCUGUCAGGCAAGUUAAUCGAGAUCCUGGUGGCGAGUGGGGAUGUCGUGGCGGAGAAUCAGGUUUUGGCUUUUGUGAAGCAAAUGAAGAUGGAGCUGGAGGUACGUAGUCCUCGUGCGGGGACUGUACGAUGGGUGUAUGAGAUGGAGGAUGAAGAAGAGGAUGUUGCAGAGGGGAUGUUGUUGGUGGAAUUGGAUGAGGAAAGGAGGGGGGAGCAAAUAAAGGGAAAGUUGUAG